AUGCGCCGGACCAGUCAGCUGCACCAGCUCAUAAGAACAAGAGGUGCAGCAAGCCUGACCACAGCGUCGCUAGCCCGUUGCCGCAUUCUGCGCAGGACGACGACGCCAACGACAAUCGCCCGACAGAUGGCCAGUGAAGCUUCAAAGGCCAAGGGCAAGGCCGCCAGCACAGAAUGGCAAGCUCCUGUGUCGUCCGCCGGCGAGUCUGUCCGACUGCGGGUCUUCAACUCACUCACACGAAGCAAGGUCGACUUUGUUCCCAAGAACGGCAAUAGCGUCACUUGGUACAGCUGCGGGCCGACGGUCUACGAUGCCUCCCACAUGGGUCAUGCAAGAAAUUAUGUCACCCAAGACAUUCUCAGGAGAAUCAUGCGGGACUACUUUGGCUACGACGUCCAUUUCGUCAUGAACAUCACCGACAUUGACGACAAGAUCAUCGUCAGAGCCCGACAAGUCUACCUUGUCGACCAGCUGGCAGAGCAGCAAGCUUCCGGCCCAUCCAAUGCUCUUCCAGACAUCUUUGCAGCUGCACUGACCGAGCAUCUCGAGCGUGCGUUUCCAAAUGAUCUGACCCGUACCGCGGACUCUGUCGACCUUGACGCAUCGCUACAAAGCAUCGCGAGCAAAGCGAGUGAUCCCACCUGGCUCGAAGCACAGCGACAACGCGAUGAGAAGAUCGGCCUGCACAUCGCGACAGCCCAGAGAGGCAUGCAGGCCUGGCAAGCCCUCACGACGAACACACCCAACGCGCGAGAGCUCGUACUUGCCAAUGCUGACCUCAUUGGACCUUAUCUCGACAAGCGGCAAGGCGCGUCCGUCACAGACAAGUCUAUCUUCCGUGCCCUGUCGUCGAGGUGGGAAGCGGCGUUCUUCAAGGACAUGCAAGCGCUCAGCGUCGAGCCGCCUACAACUCUCACGCGAGUGUCCGAAUUCGUUGAGGAGAUCGUGGACUAUGUACAGCAGAUUAUCGACCGUGGGUUCGCAUACGCUGCAGGCGGGAGUGUCUAUUUUGACACUGUCGGCUUUGACGGUGCGCCUUGCAACUGCAACGACCUCGCGGAUGCAAAGCCGAAGAAGAUGAAUGGCACACAUACCGAAGAGCAGUGGAACCACUCCUACGCCAAGCUAAGCCCGUGGAGCCGAGGCAACGCCAAGCUCCUUGCCGAUGGCGAGGGCUCAUUGACGGGCUCGGCGGGCAAAAGAGCGGCAUCCGACUUUGCCCUCUGGAAGGCUUCCAAAGCAGGCGAGCCAGCCUGGGACUCGCCCUGGGGUAAAGGCCGGCCAGGCUGGCACAUCGAAUGCUCCGUCAUGGCAGAUCACGUCUUCGGACAGGGAAUGGACAUCCACUCCGGAGGCAUCGACCUAACAUUCCCACACCAUGACAAUGAGAUCGCCCAAAGCGAGGCCUACCACGGCUGCAGGCAAUGGACAAACUAUUUCUUGCACACUGGGCAUCUGCAUAUCGAAGGCAUGAAGAUGAGCAAGUCUCUCAAGAACUUCAUUACCAUUGACGAGGCUCUGUCACGCUACACUGCUCGGCAGAUGCGGAUAGCAUUUCUCAUGUCUACGUGGAAUCUUGGCUAUGACUUCAAAGAGAGCGCCAUGACCGAGGCAAAGGCGAUAGAGGGCACCUUUACCAAGUUUUUCACGAAUGUCAAGGCCCUGGUCGCAGAAGCGUCUGUAGGCCCAAGUGAUACAGGGCGGCAUUCGUACAAUGAGCCGGAAAGGCGUCUGAUGUCUUCGCUCUCCCAUGCGCAAGCUCGCUUUCGCGCGGCGCUGUCCGACUCCUUCGAUACCACAACUGCUCUCAAGACUUUGCUAGAUGUCCUACGUGAUGGCAAUGAAUACAUUGCCCAGGGCAAGCGAAACAUCAACAUAGACACACUAGCGGCCUGCGCGAUCUGGAUCACUGACAUGGUCUCAAUGCUCGGCCUAUCGAACGAUAAGCUCGUACAGAUUGGCUGGGGAACAGACUCGACGAGUGGCGCCAAUGCCGAUGAUGUUGCGAUGCCGUAUGUGCGCGUCCUAUCGACAUUCAGAGACCAGAUCCGGCAGCUCGCAAGAAGUAGCGCACCGAGCCAGGAGCUUCUCGCACUUUGUGAUCGCUUGCGCGACGACGAUCUCAUCGAUUUGGGCGUAGCUUUGGAUGACCAAGAAGACGGCAAGGCCCUCGUGAAGCUCGUGCCCGCGGAGUCAUUGCGCGCAGAUCGAGAUGCAAAGCUGAAAGCAGCUUCCGAUAAGGCAGCAGCGAAAGCUGCGAAUCUUGCAGAGACGGAGCGCAAACGGAUAGAGAAGCUCGAGCGGGGACGCAUACCGCCUGAGCAGCUCUACAGGUCACAGACGGACCUGUACAGCGAAUUCGACAGCGAUGGCAUACCGACACAGGACGCUGCCGGCGAGCCGCUGUCGAAAGGCCAACUCAAAAAGCUCAAGAAAGGCCAGGAAACCCAAAGAGCUCUUCACCAAGACUUCACGGCCUGGCAAGCGAGUCAGACCAAGGCAUAA